GGCUGCUGGCGCUCACUGUUGCUUUGUUUAUUUGCGCUGUGCAAUGCGAGUGAGCGGGCGCCAAGGUACAACGCACGGAUCUUCCGCAGUGCACAACCAACAGCGAGCAGUGAAAUAUCACUCCCCAGGUCUUCGUGGUGGUCUCCCAGCUGCUCUCUGAAGCAGGAUAUUUCAGUGCUGAAGUUACCUGGAGGUCGCUCCUCCCUGUCCCGCUGUACAAAUGGCUUGUCAUGGUGUGGAGGCUGGCGGACCCCCGCAGCAUCAGCACUGGGAGCCAGCGUUCAGUGCGGCGCAGAGCUGGAUCGAGGCAGUCACCGGCCGGCGUUUCGCAGACAAGGACUUCCGCGGUAGCCUGGGAAAUGGCAUCUUGCUCUGCGAGCUGCUGAACGCCGUCAAGCCCGGCCUGGUCAAGAAGAUCAACAGGCUUCCCACGCCCAUCGCGGGACUGGACAACCUGGCUGUCUUCCUGCGGGGCUGUGAAGAGCUCGGGCUGAAGGGGUCACAGCUUUUUGACGCUGGGGACCUGCAGGACUCCACACGCACCAACGUCAGGGUCUCCGAUUGCAGCAAGAAGCUGAAGAAUGUUCUAAUCACCAUAUACUGGCUGGGGAGAGCUGCCAACAGCUUCACAUCGUACAGUGGGCCCACGCUGGACCUGAAGGAGUUCGAAGGGCUGCUUUCUCAGAUGAGAAAGGAGGCCGAGGUCACAGAGAGCUCCAAUCGCAGUGUUCGCGACAGCGGCUACGUCGACUACUGUGACUCGGAGCGCAGUGACUCGCUCUCACCCCCGCGGCACGGGCGCGACGACUCCUUCGACAGUCUGGACUCCUUCGGCUCCCGCUCGCAGCAAACGCCCUCCCCUGACGUGGUCUUCCGCGGCAGCAGUGAUGGCCGGGGCAGCGACUCGGAGAGCGACGCCCCCCAGAGGAAGCUGCCGGACAUGCGGAGGGAUGACAUGCUGGCCCGUCGGCUGUCCUGCACCGAGCUGCGCACUGUGAUGCCCUUCAACCAGUACCUGCCCAACAAGAGCAACCAGGGCGGCUAUGUGCUCAGCGGCGCCCCCCACAGGCGGCCAAAGGCAGAGGAGUUUCGGAGGAGCUGGAGUACCGCCACCUCCCCCGUCACAGCGGAAAGGCCCUUCAGUAGUGUGGGCCUUUCGCGGUCCGCCGAGCCGUCUGUGCUCCAGGUGACGGACACCACUGCCAUGGCCACCAUCGUCGUGACGAGCCCCCUCACCCCGUCCCCGAGGACCAGCCCAGCUUUGCUGAGGAAGUCCCCCGGAAUGGCCAGCGGCGACGGGUCUGAUUCCGCCUCCCUUUCGGCGGAUCUGGAGAGGGACGACACGUCGACCAGACGCUCCGCCACCUCGCCGAAACGCACCUGCAGCCCCACCCACUUCCUGCCGGUUCCGUCCGUCAGGCACAGCAGAGCCGAAACGACCGACGCCGGGGGCAGCAAAACAUGGCAGAGAACGUCUUCAGGAGCGGAUGAUCUGUCCGCAGUAUACAGCCAAAGAAGUAGUGUGUCAGAUGACCCAGAGAGCAUGAGCCUGAUCGACAUGCGCUGCGACGAGGACGUCUUCCUGCAGCCACACAGCCCGGCUCGCCACGAGUACCUACACAACCAAUAUAACCAGCUCCGCGAGGAGGACACCCACUGGCAGACUGAUCUGGCCCGCUGGAAAAGCCGCAGGAGGAGCAUCUCCCAGGACCUAAUCAAGAAGGAGGAGGAGAGGAAGACAAUGGAGAAGUUGAUGAGCGACGACAACGAUUUGGCUCAGCGAAGGAAGAGCUUCAAGACCUACAAGGAGAUAGUUGAAGAGAAGGAGCGCCGUGAGCGGGAGCUCCACGAGACCUACCGGAACGCCCGGACGCCGGAGGAGGCGGAGGCCGUGUUGCAGCGCUACGCCCAGCGCUUCAGCAUCAGCGAGGCGGUGCUGACACAGCUGCGGCUCCCCCGGCCGCUGGAGAGGAGCAUGUCGGCCGAGCCGGCCAGCUCCGCCCGCGAGCCUGGGCCCAUGCGCUACCUCAGGCAGCAGUCACUCCCGGCGCCCAGGUUCACCUCCACCGUGGAGGCCAUUGUGGCCAGGGUUCCUCCCGUCCAGGCCCAGGAGAACUCCCCCACCCAAACCCCUCCCCAGAGGGCAGUGUCUUCACAAGCUUCCAGACCUGCAGCACUGCGCUCCAUCCAGGUGGACCAGACGGCUCAGCUGGCUCAGCUGGAUGGAGAUCCAGGGCAGGAAUUCAGCAGCUGUGUGGACGGUGGGGGGCAAAGGGAAGCGAGCCCACCAGCGGUCUUCGAAAGCACAGCCCAAGUCCCAUUCUCUCCCAAAAGGGAGCCGCAGUUGGUGACAACAGUGCUGGAGCUCAGACAGCAGAACAACGGUCCGCAGAUCGCCCCCUCCAGGCCGGAGGACCACAGUGCAGAGGCCCCAUCACAGGAUACCAGGCUCACCCGGCCCACCUCUCUGCCCGCGAAACUGCAAAGUGCGGACAGUGACCAGACUGCUGAGGGCACCUCAGAGCCUCUUCAGGCCAAUGCUGAAGGAAACUCGCAGCACACAGAAGACCAGCCUGCUGAAGAGGCCUGCAGCUCUGUUGUGAAGGCCAGGUCACCAGAGAAGAAGUGUAUCGCCACUGCCACCCUGCAUAUGGAAUGUUCCCCGGCGCGUCAAGCUCACAGCACAGACGCAGGGGGCACUGUGGAGUCUCAGACGGAAAACGCGGAACUGAUACCGGCCCAAGGAACUAAAGGCGACCAGCUGUUCCCUCACAUUCAGAGCUACAUCCCGCCGGUCAAAACUGACUGGGCCCUUGGAAAACCCACUCCAGAGGCCGUGGAGAGAGUCCAGAGUCAUGUGGGCCAUGAGAGGUACCGGUUCCAGCAGGAGAAACUGAAGCGGGACUGGGAGAGAGCACAGAGGGAGGUGGAGGAGGAGGAGAGUAGGUACCAUGAAGAGGAGCGGAAGAUCCUGGAGGAGACUGUGGUGCCACUGAUGCCCCGUUCAUCCGCCGUGACCUCCCCCCGUCCUGGGGAGCCAGCUCUGCCCAUUGUGCGCUCACUGGCCGACUGGGAGCGGAAGCAGGAACUGCUGGAGAGACAGAGGAAGGGCGAAGACCAUGAGAACCUUCUUACAAAUGAGAGAAGCGAUGUUGUGACAGAACAGAAGAUGCAGAUGGAGUCUUGUGCAAAACCACUGGGAAGCAGUUCAUGGGUGUCCUGCUCCAGCCAUCCAGCAGCCAUCGGACAGGUUCAGCAGAACGGCCAAACGCAGCCCAGGGACCUGGGUCCACCUGGAACGACCGAGAUGCUGGUUCCCAGGGGUUCAUUAUGUGUCAGCCAGAAGCAAGAAAUGGAGGAGCCAUGGAGUAACAGAACAUCGCUAGAACACAGCUGGAGCUGCCAGCAAUCUCUGGCCACAGGGAUUAAGAGGACCGAUUCUUACCAACAGGUGGAGACUAACUACUCGUCUUCCUGGCCAUCAGAUGUCCAAUCACCAGUCGCUAACAGGUCGGUGAGUGGUAAGAAACUCUGCUCCAGCUGUAACCAGCCAUUGGGCAGAGGAGCGGCCAUGAUCAUCGAGACGCUCAGCCUCUGCUUCCACAUCGGCUGUUUCAAGUGCGGGAUGUGUAAGGGCCAGAUGGGCGACACCAGCACCGGCACCGACGUGAGGAUUCGCAACGGCCUGCUGACCUGCCAGCAGUGCUACAUCGGGUCCCGUGUUGCUGGCCAACCCACCACGUUGUGACAAAAAAAUUGUCUUCGGACAGUGGGAGAAUUUUUGGGAAUAUUGAUUUUUUCUUUCUUUCAAGUCAAUUGGCACAUGUUCGUGGUCAUUGAGCAUUGAGAAACUUGCAUUAACCAUUGUUAAAAAGUGCAAGCCUGGUUCCGAAAGCGUGUCCCCUUCGAAUUAUCUGCAAGAGUUUACUGACCCUGUAGCUGAUGCCUGUUUCACCGACUUUUGGACUAUUUUGCUAUUUUGUUGACACUGUGUUUUUUUUAAUUACACUCCAGAUGUAAAGCAGUUCACUGUAUAAUUAUUAUGACGUAAAGUGACUUGUUUCAGUGCAGCAGAAUUCCACUUAAAAUCGUGUAGUAGCGUUCAAAUAAUAAGACAGGAGUUUGCCAAUCAUCUGUAUGUUAUAGGUAUAAUAAUAUUCUGAUUUAAUAUAAACCUAAGCAUUGCAUUAUUUAAACACAAUAUUUAUAAGCACACGAUUUCAUUGGGAUCGAGGGGUACCGGGCGUUUUAAUGAGACUGGAGUUGCAAAGCAUUCUAGCAACUAUCGUCAUGCUUUGACAAACAUGUAUGAUAUAAACUUAAAAAACUUCACCUAAUUGCCUUUCUUUAGUCAUAUCACGUUUUGCCGACGUUGUAAAUCAAAGUGAGCGAAAUUAUCAAGCACAUUACACAUGAUAAAUGGCUCUGUGCGAUUAAUCGGGAGAAAACAUAUGCAAUUUUAAUGGCAGAACGUCCGAAGUCCCGGACCUGCAUUUCCUUAAGUCCGCUAAGCGUUUUGAUUGUAACACUCACCAACUAAAAAGGUUAUUGAGAGACUCUCUGAAAUACCUGCUUCUGUUUGGUGUUCAGGUCACCUAUGAUUCGUCAGUUUUUAAAUGCUGGAACUUUUGUUUUCGUUUUUUUUUUCUUACGACCCAGUUAAUCGGCUUUAAUUUUUUGUUAAGCUGGAAAUUCUAAGUUAUGUACAAUUAACUGAAGACAAUACAUGAAACGUUUGUACGUCCAUUACCAUUGUAAGGGGUAAUGUUGUUAUAUGCACACAGUUCUUUCUAAAUUGUAGUCCUACUAGGUUAGAAAUUGCAAAUGUCGCGUUGAUCUCGUGCCUUAGAAAUGCAGACGUACAUGCGGUGGGUCUUGAUAUGAAAUCCAAAGAUGUUUUUUCGUUGGCUGGACUUUUCUGGACUAGAUAAAUGUGUCUUUAUAAGGGGCGAUUACAGAAGCUGCUUGUGGGUAUAGUAUCCUGACGCGUGUGCACUUUCGCUUCGACAUCAUAAUACUUAUUCGGUUUUAAUGAGAUUAGACAUGAAACGUCUCAUCUUUCUUUUCAUCUGUUGACCCAGCAAAACAGUGCUGUAUAGCAAUAUAGCGGUCGAACUGUGUCGCUACCCAAACGUUUCCUCCAUGCUAACACUAGAUUUUUACUAUCUGCAAAAACCUCGUGCAAAAGUCUAUUUCAGCUUCGUUGGGAAAAUAUCUUUUCAUAAAGAACAGAGCUGCGUCGUUUUAAAUGCAUUCAUCAUAUAUAAACGUCGUAGCAAGAACAAUCUGGUCCCUGUUCCGUGAAUCGCCGACUGAUUUACAGAUAGUUCGAUACAAGUGUACUCCUAAUAAUAAUAAUUAUUAUUAUUAUACCAAAGGAAGGGGUCUAAUGAACUUUAAAAUCCUUUACAUUCAGAAUAAUUCCUUGAUUUUACAUCUAUGCUGUUAAUACGCAUUCUGAUGAUAUAGGCCUGUUGUUUACUUCUGUAUGUAUGCAUACCCUUUUUUCUAUAAAACAAGUUACAGUAUUUACAGUACUAUCCUAAAGUAUGAGCUAACGUUAGCGGAGGGGCUCUGGCGACCGGUGUUAUCUGAAAUGGCGUACGUGGCGGAAUAAGAACCGCUGUAUUGCGUAUUUAUUAUCAUACUCAUCUUAAGAUACGAUCUGAAUGUCAAAUAACUAUUAGUAAUGCAAUGACUUUUAUAGCAAAUGUAUGUUUAUGUUUCUAAAUAAAACUGUCAAAAUGUA